UCGAUUGAUCUAACCCCGCCCACAGUCACCAGGAAAGUUUUCGGGUCUCCAGUUGGAGCUCUUGUUUCUCCCCGUUUUUUCUGGAUUAAAUCCAAUAUUCCGCUUGAUUUCCUCCGAUGUUGGGCUAAGGAGAAAGCAUGGUGGUGAACUCGGUCCACUGGUUCCGCAAAGGUCUGCGGCUGCAUGAUAAUCCUGCGCUGCAGGAGGCCCUGAGCGGAGCGGACAUGGACAUGGUGCGCUGUGUUUAUGUCCUGGAUCCCUGGUUCGCUGGCGCCGCUAACGUCGGAAUCAACAGAUGGAGGUUUCUGCUGGAGUCUCUGGAGGACCUGGAUAACAGUUUGAAGAAGCUGAACUCUAGGCUGUUUGUGGUCAGAGGUCAGCCCACCGAGGUCUUCCCCAGGCUCUUUAAGGAAUGGAACGUGACCCGGCUGACGUUCGAAUACGACCCAGAGCCUUACGGGAAGGAGAGGGAUGCCGCCAUCAUCAAGAUGGCCCAGGAGUUUGGAGUGGAGGCCGUCGUUAGAAACUCUCACACCCUCUACAACCUGGACAGGAUCAUCGAGAUGAACAACAACAACCCUCCUCUGACCUUUAAGAGAUUUCAGACCAUAGUGAGCAGGCUGGAGUUGCCCAGGAGACCUCUGGCUCCCAUCAGCCAGCAGCAGAUGAACCGAUGUCUCAGUGACAUAUCUGACAACCACGACCAGCUCUACAGCAUCCCUUCUCUGGUGGAGCUUGGUUUCAGGACGGAGGGGCUACCAACAGCCGUGUGGCGGGGCGGAGAGUCGGAGGCCCUGGACAGACUGAGCAGAUACCUCGACAAAAAUGUGUGGGUGGCCAACACCCGGGCCAAGACCUGCUCCCUGUACGCCAGCCCCACCGGCCUUAGCCCCUACCUGCGCUUCGGCUGCCUGUCCUGCAGGCUUCUGUACUACAACCUCAGAGAGAUCUACAUGAAGCUCUGUAAGCGCAGCAGUCCUCCUCUGUCGCUGUACGGCCAGCUCUUAUGGAGGGAGUUCUUCUACACCCUCGCCACCAAUAACCCCAACUUUGACCGCAUGGAGGGAAACCCCAUCUGUGUGCAGAUCCCCUGGGACCAGAACCCAGAGGCGUUGGCCAAGUGGGCCGAGGGACGGACCGGUUUCCCCUGGAUCGACGCCAUCAUGAGUCAGCUGAGGCAGGAGGGUUGGAUCCAUCACCGGGCCCGGCACGCCGUGGCCUGCUUCCUGACCAGAGGCGACCUGUGGAUCAGCUGGGAGAGCGGGAUGAAGGUGUUUGAGGAGCUGCUGCUGGAUGCGGACUGGAGCGUAAAUGCUGGCAGCUGGAUGUGGCUGUCCUGCAGCUCCUUCUUCCAGCAGUUCUUCCACUGCUACUGCCCCGUGGGCUUUGGGAAGAGGACCGACCCGUCCGGAGACUACAUCAGGCGUUACGUUCCCAUCCUAAAGGACUAUCCUAACCGGUACAUCUACGAGCCGUGGAACGCCCCCGAGGCUCUGCAGAAGGCGGUGAACUGCGUGGUGGGGGUGGAUUACCCCAAACCCAUGAUCAACCACGCCGAAGGCAGCCAGCUCAACAUCGAGCGCAUGAAGCAGGUUUACCAGCAGCUGUCCCACUACAGAGGACUCAGUCUGCUGGCAUCGGUACCAACCAUCCAGGAAGAGGCGGAACCGCCCAUGACGGAUGAGUCUCAGACCAGCAGCGGACCCGAUUCUCCCCUCAGAGACCUGGUUGAAGUAGAAGCAGCCGGAUGCUCAACGGUUCCUGAUUCCUCCACUUCGAUCCCACAUUCCGACCAGGAGGACACGUCACACCAUCAUCUUUUCCUGGAUCAAUGCACCUCCUCUGGCCAGCCUCCCUCUCCUACCUCCAGCCCGACCCACGGCGCCACAUCUCGACAUAAACCCGGUUCUCCCUCCUGUUCCUGCCUCUCUCCAAGCACCAGCCCAUCCUCUGACCCUCUGAGCCAAAGACAGAGAGGAUGUCAGAGCUGCCCGGUGGAGGAGGAGAGGAUGCAGGAGGAGGUGGAUGAGGAGAAGAUGGAGGAAGAGGCGGCUCCACAGCAGUGACAUCUGGUGGACAGUUGAAGUAGGACAGGUAGUUACUGCAUUCCU